AUGAAUCUUUUAAAAAAAUAUGAAAAUUUCAUUUUAGCUAAUGCAUCGCAAAUAAGUUCGAUUGAAAGUUCUUUAAGAACUUUAACUUAUGUUUUACCUGGUCGAUUUGCUGAUGCUGAAUUUGCUUCGGAAGCAUUAUUUUCAGCUUUAAGUUUAAUCGGAUUGUAUCAUGAUUCAAUAUUGGUUAGAGCAUUGGAGAAACUACCACCUUAUAAAAAACCUAAACCAUCACCACACAAUAGAUACACGAGAUAUUGGUUAAAUUCUUCAAAAACAUAUCAGUAUUCUUCAUUUGUUUUAACAUUAUUACAAAAUAUUGAGGUUUUGUUGGAAAUGGGAAUGCAAAAGAAGUUGGGUAAAGAAGCUAAAUGGAAAUAUAUUACUAUCAUCGAAUCAAUAAAAGUGGUUUGUAGAAUUAUAUUAUUAUACAAAACUCAUAAUCGUACAGUAGUAUAUCCAUCAAUACCUGGAAGAGAAAUUGACCCUCAAUCUGAAGGCUGGAUUGGAAGAAAUACUAAUAAUAGAUAUGAUAAUAUUUCAACUAUUGUUCAUAAUAAUAGUUAUUUGCACACUUCUGAUAUAAACAAUUAUUUGAUGAAUAAAGCUUUAUUAAUUGAAGAUGUUGAGAAACCAUCAUAUUUAGUACAUAAACUAUAUGGUUUAGGAAUCAUCAAAAUAUAUACUAGAGUUCUUACCAAUUAUUUUCAUAAACAAAUCUCUGGUGGAUCACAUCAAUUGACAAGUGUAGAAAAGAAUGAAGAAACAAGAAGAAUAAAACAAUUAUUUUUACCAAAAAUCGAUAAAAUUUGUCAGUCCAUUGGUAAUAAACCGAUCCUAUCAUUAUUUGGUGGUAUUUUAAGAGAUUAUAAACCUAUAUGGGAAAAUGUUUAUUUCUACA